UCCAGUCCACGUUCUCGACGAUUUGUUGUAUAGUUUAAGUUUACUAAAUCGCAGGAUCAGCAAAGACAUAUACUGUAAAUAUGAAGACCGAUUUCAAAUCUCCUUUGUUGCCAACUAAAGCCAGUAGUAGUGACUACGGGUCUCUACCGCCGUCAGACUACUCAAAAACUAGAGAUACAGGCUACAUUUUGGCGGGAAAAUGUUCUACAUUUGUAGAGAAGGCCCCUACCACCAACAAAGCCCGAAACCAGCUGAUCGUUGCCGCUGUAAUCUGCCUCUUCUUCACCACUGCAGAGGCUCUUGGCGGAUACUUUUCAAACUCGCUGGCGAUCUUCACAGACGCUUCCCACAUGAUGAUAGAUUUUAUCGGGUAUGCCAUUUCCCUGACUGCUAUCUGGAUCGCUAAACGCCCUGCUACAAGAAAAAUGACAUUUGGAUGGUACCGGGCAGAGGUUAUCGGAGCCUUGAUGUCAGUGUUCACGAUUUGGGUGGUAACCGGAAUACUCCUCUACCUCGCUGUACUCCGGAUUAUCAAUCCGGACUACGAGCUCGAUGCUAAUCCCAUGCUUAUCACUGCUUGCUUGGGAGUGUUUGUCAACAUUAUAAUGGGAAUCGUUUUGCUGCCAGACAAUCUCUGGAAAAAGGAUGAAGAAGGCGUUGAAAAAGAAAAAGUGAACAUCAAUGUUAGGGCAGCUUUUAUCCACGUAUUGGGGGACUUGGUUCAAAGUUUAGGGGUCGUUGUUGGUUCUCUCAUCAUCAAAUUUAAGCCUGAGUGGAAAUUGGCCGAUCCCAUUUGUACUUUCGUGUUUGCUAUUUUAGUUCUCAUCACUACCAUCAACAUCCUCAAAGAUGCUCUGUCUGUACUCAUGGAAGGCACACCUGAAGAAGUGGAGAAGGAGCAGAUGAUGGAGGAUUUAGUUAAAAUAUCAGGAGUGGCAGGUGUUCACAGUCUUCACGUUUGGAGUCUCACUAUGGAUAAAAACGUUAUCAGUGUGCAUCUUAACGUCGAAGAAGAUCAGUGUGGCAGGUACUCAGAUAUCCUACAAAACGCAAAGACUGUUAUCUCCAAGCACUCAGAUUUCCACGAGAUGACCGUCCAGUUGGAACCUCCUUCCUCCAUCACCUCCAGCUCUUGUCCCAAAAAAGUGGCCCCGAAGUCCGUUUGUUCGGAUAACUCGCUUGUAUGUUACCAAAGUUCUGAGGUUUUAUCGCAAUGAAAUCAAUACGUUGCUGCUUGCAGUGUCGAGUGCAACAGGGGGAACUGGCAAUAAGUGUCCUUGAUUCUAUUUCAACUUUAAUCUUUAUUGAUCGUUCAGCAAAUUUUUUAAAAUAAUUUAUUACAAAAAUUUGUCGAAGAAUUCGUUAUGUCUUUGAGAGCAUGGAUUGUAAUUUAUUAUUAAAUGUUAUUCUAUAUUACC